CAAAGAGAUAGCGUUCAACGCACAUUUGGACUACAAAUUUUAAUACAAAAUGACCGCCAAGGGCACCACGGUCAUUUCGCUGCCUCAGAUGGUGGACCUGGCACUCAACUCGCCCGAGGUGGGUGUGGUAAACUUCACAGUCUUGCACUCCUUACUCCACGUCAUAGUGAACCAGCUGGAUUUGGGAGACUGCAAUGUCGAAUUCAGAGGCAGCGACAGCGAAAGGCUUCAGAAUUACAUUUCCACAGCCAAACCCGGCCCCGUCAUAACCUUGACAGAGUAUACGAUCGGACCCGACGGCAAGGGUAGACGAAAGCGAAGAGGUAGUAAGAAAAAGGAAGGCAAAAGGACCAGCAUAGCAACGGACGACAACCAGAAAGAGAAAGAGAUAACGAUAAUCCGAAAAGAUGAGAGUCUUAUGGAAGACGUCGCUUCUUCGGAUUCGUUUCAGACCAUAGUCGUAGUAGAGCCUGCGUCGAAAGACAAAAUAGCCGACCCUCCAAAGUUUACGAUAGCCCUCACGAGGGAACACUUGUGCAAGCUGCAGGCGGACAUCAAAACCCUGCAACAGCAGGUCCAAGAACUGAUCGAAUUGCCUGCUAAUAUCGGGCUUAUCGAGGCACUGAGGGCAGAUUCGGCGGAUAAAGCGUCUCCUGUACUCGACAUGUUCCAAAUCCUCAAUCUGGCAAAGAGACUGGACGCUAUGGAGGUUGCGAUGAGCAAAAUGGCCAGCAUGAUCGAAUAUCUAGCUCGGGAGCAAGAUGGCGCGCAACGGGUGGAAUUCAAACCUAUUGAGACAAUCCUGCCAGCUCCGGUGACGUUGAAGGAACCUAGUUCCAUCCGGCAACAACGCUCAACAGAUGUAGCGGCUAUAGCCGCGACCCCUCAACAGUCUUUGAUUAUGCCGUCGUCAGGCUCCGACUACGUCGGACGAAUUGCCAGUUUGGAGAACAGGGUAACAACUUUGGAGCGAACCGUGAGGGCUCUGCAACUAGGCACGACGUCCACCAACCCAAAGGUAGCAAAUAAAAAAAGCGUGAACCUUCCUGCUGCCACUGAAAGCGGCAGCGGCAAGAGUGGCGAUAAACCUAAUACCCAGAGAGAUGAAGUCGGAGAGAAACAAACAACGUUGCCUAAUCCAGAGAAGAAUGUUCAAAAAGGAGAGGAGUCUAGUAAAGGCGAGAAUCCACGCGGAAACCCCAAAGAGAACGCGGAGAACCCGAAAAAAGAGGAACCAGCGGUUGCCGAGUCUCCCCAAACGACCAACCCCAAAGAAAACACGGGUAAUCCAAAAGAAGAGAAACCGGCAGCUUCUGAGUAUCCCCAAGGGAGCAACCAAAAUAAACAUGACGAAUUGGAAAGCACACAGUUGGUCGGAGUAACAUCAAACGAAGCCCACGAAAUCCUGCGAAACGAAAUAAACGAGUUGCGGGAAUUGUGCGCGGACAGGGACACCGUUGCGUUCGUGAUCCAGGAAAUUAACGAAUUGAAAGACGCGCUCUUGCACGGUAAAGGCCUCGAGACCGUCCCACCCGAGAUUUUGGUUACCCAGAUUGAUUUAAGAAUGAACGAGCUGAGCAAUCGAGUCAACGUUCUGGAAGGCGCGCGCGGUCAGCAACUGGACAACGUGCGCCAUCUUGUGGCCGACGUGGACGAAUUACGUAAAAAAAUAACCGAGCUGUCGGAGCUCGCUGCGAAAGAUCAUAGCGACAAAAUUGCCGACCUCGACGUUCGGAUCGGAAGGCUUCAGGACGACUUGGCCACGGUGUCCGACGCAGCGCAAAAGAUGAUAGUCGAACGGGAAAGUCAGCAGGAUACGUAUGACAUGAUGCGGGAGCAGAUCGAGCUGCUGAAAACGGUGAAGGCGGACCGCGAAGACCUCGAGGACGCGUUGGCCGAUAAAGCAGACGCCUGUCAGAUCAACAGGAAAGUGUCGCACGAGCAAUUCGACGCCGCAUGGAACGAAUUGUCUCAGGCGCUCGAGGACAACAUCGAGAAACUUCGCAGACAGGAGGAAAUAUGGACACAGUCGUUGAACGAGGUGCAGCUAGAAAUCGGCAAUAAACUCGACAAAGUGGACCUGGUUCCGCUUAAAGAUUUCAUUAACGAUAAACUGAAAGCGGUGCAGGAGAAAGUGAAGAAAAUGUCUUCGAUGAAGCGUGAGCACGAGGCUGCCGGUGCGAAGAGCAAAUAUCUGAGGAACGUCAAUUGUAUAUCGUGCGACGCAGACGUGGUGAUGCGCAAACAGACCGACGUCACCAUGUUCCCUAGGCCCUAUUCGAUGCCUCCGUCGAAAAACGCUGGGCCUUAUUUGGCGUACGAACUGGAUCAGUUGCGCAAGCAGCAGAAAACGUUGCCCAUCGGAAAGAAUGUAAAUAUGUUUGAACGCGCGAUCCUGUCUGCGAAAAAUACUCACCUAAGCGCCGACCAUAUUUGUAACCGAUACUGUGGAGGAAGCCACACCAUUACAACUCCUGAGCAGAGGGUAAUGCGCACAGGGCACUUUCUGGAGCAGUGGGGCCCGGAAAUCGCGCCGGUCAAGGACACGUUGAUUCGCGGCACUGACGGCCACUUGUACAAGAGUAGAGACGACGAAGCGUUGAGGGCGGUAGCUGCCGAAAAGGGACCGGCGGUCGCGUUGGAAGAGCCGUCGAGCGUCGUGGUGGAUAAAUAUAGACCCGCUAAAGAAAAAACGCAGGGCAAUGGAAAAAAUGGAAGACCGAAGACUAGCUUGUACAACGGUAGAGACGACGACGCGCUGACCGUAGUAGCGGCGAAAGAGCCGUCGAGCGUGGUGGUGGAUAAAUAUAGACCCAGGAAAAAAAAGCGCAGAACAAUAGAUUAA